UAGAAAAGAUGGAAGCGUUAUAUUAUUACAUCCCAUUAAUCUCAUUAAUAUUCUUAGCCAUUUCUAUCUUCACAGAUUACUUCUUCCACAAACUCCAAAACCUUCCUCCAAGACCAUGGCUCCCUCCUCUACCUAUAAUCGGCCAUCUCUACCUUCUCAACAAACCACUCCACCGGUCCCUCGCCAAACUCUCAGCAAAACACGGCCCAAUCCAACUCUUGCAAUUUGGUUCACGUAGAGUUCUUGUUGUCUCCUCUCCCUCCACCGCCGAAGAAUGUCUCACCAAGAAUGAUAUUGUGUUUGCAAACCGCCCUCAGCUGCUUGCAGGCAAAUAUCUUGGCUACAAUUACACCAGCCUUGUCUUUGCACCCUAUGGCGACCACUGGCGGAACCUCCGCCGUAUCUCCACUCUUGAAAUAUUUUCAUCUCAUCGACUAACAGAGUUUGAACCCAUUCGUGCGGAUGAAGUGCGCCAAAUGAUGCGUAAACUCUAUCGAUCAUCGUUGAAACUGGACACUGUGGUGCAUGUUAGGCCUAUGUUGGUUGAGCUAACGCUUAAUGUUGUGAUGCGCAUGAUUUCUGGUAAACGAUAUUAUUAUAGUAAAGAUGAUGUGCUAAUAGAUUAUAGUAAAGACGAUGUGCUAAUAGAUGAGGAGAAGGAAAAGGCUAAUCGAUUUCAGGAGAUUGUGAAUGAGAUUUUGAAGCUUAUGGGAGCUACAAAUGUAGGGGACUUCGUGCCAAUGUUGAGGUGGUUAGGAGUGAGCAAAUUGGAAAAAAGAUUGAUCGCUUUGCAAGCAAAGCGAGACUUGUUCAUGCAAGAGCUAUUGGAGGAGUUAAAAGAGAACAUGGAAAAUUGUAGUAAUGGGAAGCAGAGAAAGAAUAUGAUUCAGAUGUUAUUAUCGCUUCAAAAUUCUGAGCCUGAGCUCUACACUGAUGAAUUGAUCCGCAGCAUGACGCUGGUGAUGUUAGCCGCAGGCACUGGCACAUCCAUAUCCACCAUGGAGUGGGCAAUGUCACUUUUACUAAAUAAUCCAAGCGUUCUAAAGAAGGCACAUGGUGAGAUCGAAAAAUAUGUUGGUCACGAUCGUCGUGUUGAGGAGUCAGACAUGUGUAAUCUACCUUAUCUUGAUUGCAUAAUAAAGGAAACUAUGAGAAUGCUUCCUCCAGGUCCUUUGUUGCCUCAUGAGUCAUCAAAGGGUUGCAUGGUCGGAGGAUAUCAUGUUCCUAAAGGGACAAUGCUAUUAGUCAAUGUGUGGGCGAUACACAAUGAUCCAAACAUAUGGGGAGACCCAAAAAAAUUCAGACCAGAGAGAUUUGAAGGUCUGGAAGGUUAUAGAGAUGGUUUCAAGUUAAUGCCAUUUGGGUUCGGAAGGAGAGGUUGUCCAGGGGAAGACAUGGGAAUGCGUUUGGUCAGAAUGGCGUUGGCUUCUCUGAUUCAGUGCUUUGAGUGGGAGCGAACAGGUGAGAGCGAGGUUGAUAUGAGCGAAGGGACUGAAGGAAUAAACAUGUCCAAGGCUAUAAGCUUGGUGGCAAUAUGUCACCCUCGUCCUACAAUGUUAAAUCUACUAUCACAACUUUGAUUAGUUUGGCUUUUCAUCAAGUAUGAUGGAAAACAAACGGUAUUACAUAGCCACUUUAUGUUGAAUGUAC